CUCCGGCCGGGAAAAGCCGCGCGCCGGGGCCCUCCCCACGAGCCGCUCGCGUGCAGCAGCAGGAGGAGGAGGAGGAGGAGGGAGGGGCUAUAAAAGGAGGCGCGGGCGGGAGACGGAGCGGGACGGGGACGGGCGCACCGGGCGUCGCGUGGCCCUCGCGUGGGACGGUCCUCCUCCUCCUCCUCCUCCGUCGCCUCCUCCGGCUUCUGGGUGCAGGAUGCCCGGGGCGGACCUGCUCCUGAUGGAGAAGCGCGCCUCCUCCUCGCCCGCCGCCCCCGCCGCCACGGCCACGCCGGACAAGCCCACGCCAGGGACGCGCAAGUCCUCGAAGCCCAUCAUGGAGAAGCGGCGCCGGGCGCGGAUCAACGAGAGCCUGGCCCAGCUCAAGGGCCUCAUCCUGGACGCCCUCCAGAAGGACAGCUCUCGCCAUUCCAAGCUGGAGAAAGCCGACAUCCUGGAGAUGACCGUCAAGCACCUGCGGGGCCUGCAGCGCGCCCAGAGGAGCGCCGUGCUGAACACGGACCCGUCUGUGCUGGGCAAGUACCGGGCCGGCUUCAGCGAGUGCGUGAACGAGGUGACGCGCUUCCUCUCCACCUGCGAGGGGGUCAACGCCGAGGUCCGCACCCGCCUCCUGGGCCACCUGGCCGGCUGCAUGAGCCAGAUCAGCGCCAUCCGCUUCCCGGCCGCCCCGCAGCAGCCCCAGCCGCCCCCUGCGGCCCCCGGAUCCCAGCCCGUGGCCUCCUUCGGCCAGGCGCUGGUCCAGGUCCCGGCCACGGGCGCCCUCCCCAAGGCCGGCAGCGGGGCUCCCUGCAAGACGGUCCCCAGAGAAGCCCCCCAGGUCUUUGGCGGCUUCCACCUGGUCCCGGCCUCCGACGGGCAGUUCGCCUUCCUCAUCCCCAAUGCUGCCUUUGCGCCCCAUGGCAGCAACGCAGCUGCCCCGCUCUUCGCCAGCACAGGAGCCGGGUCUGGGGGGGCUCCUCCCUCCACAAACGCCGUCUCGCCCGGGUCGGGUGCCCCCUCCCUCCCGUCAGACUCGGUCUGGAGGCCUUGGUGAAGCCCCCGUGGGGGGGCGCAAGGACGCUCUUGUGCAGAGGAGCCUCAGGCGGCUUGGACUCAAUGGCAACCCAAGGCAUGGCUGUGUUUUGCGGUCCUCAAGACUCAGGCGGUCUUGAAACAAAGAGGGCCGGGGACUCUCGAUCUGAGU